ACCCUGGGAGUCAGUGUGUGUCUUACUCUCACGUUGUCGGGCCGCAGCACUCCCGCUCCUCACAACCAUGACUGAAGACAGAAGUAAUUACAAGGAGGUCCCGACGAACGUGGAGGAUGAGAUCAAGAAGGACGAUGAGGUGGUGGGCCUCAAGCCCAAGAUGACCUUAUUUAACGGCAUCACUGUUAUUGUGGGCUCCAUCAUCGGCUCCGGGAUCUUCAUCUCCCCGACGGGUGUUCUGCAGAACACCGGCAGCGUCGGCAUGGCCCUCGUCGUCUGGGUCGCCAGCGGGAUUUUCUCCAUGGUGGGCGCUUACUGCUACGCCGAACUGGGCUGCAUGAUCCAGAAGACGGGGGCAGACUAUGCCUACAUCAUGGUCACCUUCGGGCCCUUCCUGGCGUUCAUGAGGCUGUGGGUGGAGUGCAUUAUCGUGCGGCCGUGUUCCCAGACCAUCGUGGCCCUCACCUUCAGCGUCUACAUCAUGAAGCCCUUCUUCCCCACCUGCAUGCCUCCGGACGACUCUGCUCGGCUCCUCGCCGCCGUCUGCAUACUGGUGCUGACGUUUGUCAACUGCUGGAACGUGAAGUGGGCGACGCGGGUCCAGGACAUCUUCACCGGCGCCAAGCUCUUCGCCCUCGCUGUCAUCAUCAUCACUGGCUUCGUCCAGCUGGGCAGAGGUCAGACGCAGUACUUCACCUUCGACAAUACUGAGCCAGACAUCACCAAGAUCGCCCUCUCCUUCUACUCCGGCCUCUUCGCUUACAACGGCUGGAACUAUCUCAACUUCGUCAUUGAGGAGCUUAAGGACCCGGUCAAGAACCUGCCUAAGGCUAUCUACAUCUCCAUCACCCUGGUGACAGCUGUCUACGUCCUGGCCAACGUAGCGUUCUACACUACUCUCUCCCCCGCCGAGGUCCUGGGCUCCGAGGCUGUAGCUGUGAGUUUUGCUGAUCGCCUAUACCGGCCAGUGGAAUUCCUCGUCCCAAUAUUCGUGGCUCUCUCCACCUUUGGCUCCGUGAAUGGCAUCCUCUUCACAUCUUCGAGGCUGUUCUAUGCUGGUGCAAUGGAGGGUCAGAUGCCAGAGAUCUUGACAAUGAUCCAGGUUAAACGCAUGACCCCAACUCCUGCUGUGCUGUUCAUGGCCUUCCUCAGCCUUAUCUACCUGGGCUCCAGCAACAUAUUUGCUCUCAUCUCUUACGUUGGCUUUGCUACCUGGGUGUCCAUCGGGCUGGCAGUGUUGUGCGUGCCAUGGCUACGCUGGAAGUGUCCCGAGAUGGAACGACCAAUCAAAGUCAAUCUCAUCUGGCCAAUUCUAUACAUCAUCGCCACUAUACUCAUCACCAUUAUACCCAUGAUUGCGGCACCCAUUGAAACCGGUAUUGGUGUUGGAAUCAUUUCUACGGGGAUCCCAGUUUAUCUCAUCUUCAUUAAAGUUCGGAAACCAGUAUGGAUUAAGCGGGGACUCAAUAAAUUUACACAAGUAAUGCAGAAAUUGAUGGUCGUCGUACCUGCCGAGACGAAAACUAAUUGAAAUGUUUUAGAGAAUGAUAAGAUAGAUGUAUUACUGCAAAAGUUGAUGAUGGUCUGCCAGCCAGAGAAAGCUGCGAAGCUGUGAGCACCAGCAAGUCUCUCUCAAAAGGAUAAUUCUACCAGGAGGUUACAAGGAAAGAAUACUGUAAUGUAUUUUAUGUAGCUUAUGAUGUCUUUGUUGUAGAGUAUACAGCAUUCAAUUUAUUAAGAGCGAUUGAGUUGGACAUUUAUUGAGUUGCGUAUACAGUAUGGUAUUCUGGAAUUAAAUAUUUAAUGCAGAGCAAGCUACUUUUGCAAUAAUUUAAUUUUUUGCAUUAAAAGACAAAACAUUUUAUGACAAAAUAAAAACAAUGUUUAUUAAAUAGGAAGUAUUUUUUAAUUAAUUUUAUGACUAGCUGUACUUUAAUUUGACAAGUGGUGAAUUUUUAAGAGAUGGAACAAUAAUUUCUCACACGCAGGUGAAGUAAUUAUGAAGUGACUACACUUGUUAUAACCGAUUCACGAUACUCUCAGUGCUUGUGUCACUUUUAAAAUAGUAAUCAAGCAGUAGCAAAUGUUUUAGAAUUUUUAUUUUAUAAUCGGUAUUUUUUGUGGUGGAGGAGGAAAUUGGGACGACAAUACAUGCCACUAAAUAUAUAUUAUGACUUCCGCUUAAGUUCUUUCACCAAGUCGGCUCCGAUAAUUUUUAUAUGAAACUUUUGUAUAGUUCAUUAGAUUUAAGAAAUGCGUUUUCACGUAAAUACCGGGAUAUUAAAUGCUGUAAAUGGUAGUGGGUACAGAACCAUUGUAGUUGUGUAGAUUUACUGUGAUAUAAACCUGUUUUCUAUUUACUCCUAUGGAAAAGGGAAUUUUUAUUUAUAGAGACUAAGUUCUCUCGUCUAUUAUUUUGGAAAGGAUAAUUAUGACUGCUGUGACUGCACUUUGUCAGUUAUCAAAAAAGAGUACACGCUGUAAACACAGUUUGAGAAUCUGUGCACGUGCAUCUUACUGGAUAUCUUUCCACAACGUGAGGUGUAGCCAAGUUAUGAUUGUUUAACAAGAACAAAUUUAAUUGUUUUGGCUACAAAACAAUAGUGUGGAAAGAUAGUUGCAGCAGUCUGUUCAAAUACUUUUAAGUAUAAAAGUAUGUUUUGUGAUUAAUAGCAGUUGAUGAUACUGAACAGUGUGUUUAGCAUCAAGUGAAAAGUGUGACAUUGUGUAGCUGUUUGCAGUAACAAUAGAAGCAGUUGUUGCUCAACUUUUUCUGUUAAAAUGGGCAGAUUUUCAGGUUAGGGAAUUUUGAUACUAUAGAUCUGAAUCUUUAUUUGCGAACAGUGUGACCAAUUUUAUAAUCUUGUUUUAAACUAAUAAUAGAGUGAUGCAAUAGAAAUAUCAUUGCAGACAAAUUUUAAGAGUCCAUUAUUUAUCAAUGGAUUUAGUUUAUCAAAACUUUCUUGGGAUAUUAGAUACCAGGAACUCUUCUGUAAAUUUAUGACCAAAACACAAAUAGCCUUGAAGUUCCUUCUUUUGUUUUUUAGAGACAGAAAAGAUAUAGGAAUCACAGAACCUCACAUUUGAUGAGUAGGUAGGUAGUGAAUCAAGUGCCCACUGUCACCCAUGAAAGGAUAGUCAUGGGUAAAGUAUUUUUAUUUGAUCACCUUUGACCACAUUUAUGCUACACCCUUCGUUAAGGGCCUCCACAAUGACCUUAAAUUGUUAGUUUCAAUAUCAUAGUUAUAUAUUUUUCGUAUUUAAGCUUCCCAUUAAUUAUAUUCUUCCAUUUUGUCUUGGAUACACCGAUUCAUGUGACUCAUUAGUGUGUUUACUUGUAUUGCAUAGUUAAAUCAGUUCAUUAACUAAAUAUUGAAGCAGCAAAACGUUAAAUGAUUGGUGUUGAAUCCUUGUUAUGUAAAGAUGUGAAAACUAACCUGUUUCAUAAAGAUAUUGCAUAUACCAUCCUGCUUAAAAUGUUAAUUUAAUUAGGUUAAAAGCCACGUUUCUCUUUAAACAUCAAAGAAUACCGAGCAUCAUGAACUAGCAAUUCUCCAUAAAAUAGUAAAAGCAUAAGGCAAUAUUGACCUUUUUUGUAAAAUAUUUAUUGUCGAUGCAUUAUAUGAACAUCAGAGAAGAUGGUUAAUUAUAUGUGAAGCCAGUAACUGUAGAAUAUACACAUACUUUAUCAUAGUUGCUUGAUGAUCAGGCACUAGUCAACAUUUUGAUAUCAGUACAGUACCUUCGUUAUUCACAACUAUUAGCUACGAUAUUUACCAUAUAAAAUACACUAUUUAUUUUUAUAUUACGGUUCAUAUUUCACGAAUAUGAAUUAACACGAGAUUAAAUAGCUGAAGGAAAAAAAAAAAGAUGUUGAAAGGUAUUCUUUGUACGUCACUGGGACCAUUGUUUACAUGCUGAAGGAUGCGUGCAGGUGAGGAAUGGAACCGCGCUCAUGUAUUAUGUAUAAAAAACUCAUCCCUAGAUAGACAUUCAAAUAAACCAUAAAAGUGCUGUUAAUAUUUUUUCUUUCCAUAUCAAACAUUAAACACAACUUCUUGGGUAUUUAAAAUAAUUUUUUAAGAAGGUAAUAUACUGAAAAAAUGACAACUUAAAAUACUGUAUUUAAAUACAUUCUUGUACGGCACGUAAAUAUUCUCUAGUAAUUUUUGACAGAUGCAAAUGCAGUGCAGCUUUCAGCUAGCAGUCUAAGUGCCAUAACUUAAGUAAAUUUAAAUCAGAAACUUAGUGAUGCUUGGACAAGUUUGUUCUUAUUAGGAGGAAAAUUGUGCAUAUCCACCAAUUUAAAUUUGUAAAAUUUUCACAUGUUAGUGGUAAUAGCAACUAUAAUAAAACAACACUUUUAGGAUCAAUAAAUUAAAACUGUAGGUACUACUGCUUAAAAAAUGAAUAACAAAUUCAAGAAGCAUUAAAUUGAGCAUAUGAUAACCAGACGUGAAAAUCCAUCGAUUGUUAAUCCAUUACUGAUGAUGUACAGGUACUGGGUGCAUCAUCAUGUAGGGUCAACACCUGAACAUCAAGUUCUUGGAGCUCAUUGCAAAGACCCGAGAGUUUGCCGAACAUUUUAAUAUAAUAAACAUGUAGAGAAGAUUCAAAGCCAAAAAGCAAACAGUACAGAUGCCAGUUAGAAAACCUGACUUUACUUCUGCUCUUCAUAAUUUGAAGUACAUUAUCCUCUCAAUUUAAAACUCAAUGAUAUACUGUUCUAAUAUUUAUUGACAGGUUUAACAACUAGGGUAUGCACUUUAUAUGGGGGAAAACUGAAUUACAAUACUGUAUAUAGAUUGUUAGAUAGAGUGAAUACACUAUGAUUGUGCAGAGUGGGUAUGUGUAAAGCAACGAAGAACUGUUAUCCCAUCCAUCUGCAACAUGCUGUAACAGCAAGAUAACUGAAUUUUAACUAAAAUAGAAAAUUGCAUUAUUAGAUAUUCCUGAAGCCCUCCAGCAUACUUGUCAGACUUGUAAGUGUCAAAUGUGCACAAAAUGUCAUAUGAUAAUGGUCAUUGUGGCAUUUUAAAUAAUCAGCUAAUCCAUUAAUAAAUGUUUAUUAAACAUAUAAUGAGUGUAUACUGGUGACAAAGUUUGUUCUUUUAACAAUUCAAUGGUUUUAACAUUUGUGCUUCCAAGAAUGACAGUCAGAUUAGCUUACUGUAUAUAUUUAUUUCACACACAUACUCAUAACCAAUGCAAAAAUUUUAACUAAUAUUUUGCUCAGUUUGUUUACAGACGCUACCACUCGAGAUGGUGGCCAUUAGGUAAAGAUUAAAUUAAACUAAUAUGUAUUUUUUUUUUUAAUAGACAUACUAUCCAAGUCAUUCACUGAAUUUCAAAUAGCCAAUAAAGUGCAAUUUGAAGCAAGUCUUCCAUCACAUUUAAAUGUUAGCUGCUGAAAACUGUUUUGUCGUCUGUCAGAAGUGAGUGUAGGAAACUAGAGUCGAACCAUGUCGUUGCCAGCUCCGUGUUUACCAGUGAUGCCUCAUGCUGAAUGUUAUAACAAGAGACCCAUGACCACUGAAGGAUAUGAUGCAUCAUUGUCCUGAGCUCUGGUUUCUGUAGUAAAAUAUAGCUGUCGGAAUGUACUACGUCUACUUGUUAGUGUGUGUGUACUAAGUCCAUUUUGUGAACAUAUUGAAGGCUUGAUUUGUCACCAUGUAAAUCACAUACUUAGGAAAAUGGCAAGAUAUAAUUGAAAAGCAAAAGGAUUGGUAUCAUUGGUAGCAUGAUACAUCUGUACAUCUGGCAUGGGCUACACUGUUCAAAGAUUUAACCAUAGCGUAAAUAUAGUACAUUACAUCUCUUGUUAAAAAUAUAGAUUUUGUGCAGCUUGAGUGUCCACUAGUAUUGUAUUAAAGGGAAAUUAAUGUGAUGUUGUCAAAGUGUGUAAGUAUGUUAUAUAAAUAUAAUGUAUUACAUAUGUAUUAUAUACAACACACACACACACACACACACACACACACACACACACACACACACACACACACACACACACACACACACACACACACACACACACACACACACUUACAUCACAUGAAUAUAUUCAUCAAGAAUUGUUGUGUUUGUUCAAAAUAUGUAAAUGUCCUUCUUUGGUGUAAUUCUGUCUUGUGUUGAGCACUUUAUUAAAGCCAGUGUUUGUAUUGCUGAUAUAGCAAUAGCCUUGAUAUAUUACACAAGUAUCUCAAUGACAAAAACUUCCAACUCACCAUGCCAACUACAACACUGGCAGUAAAUAUACUCAAUAAAUACAAAAUGUUUUCUUGGGACCUGUGAACCAUGUCAUAACUAAGCUUUAUUCUCAUAUGAACACAAGACUACAGGACAAAAUAGUUCAGCAAUGUCUAGUUUUAAUCAAAUUAAAAUAUAAGAGGAGCAUAGUUAUCGAGCCCUUGUGUUGUGGUUCUUGUUAGUGAUGGCGAGAGCUGCUCAUUAUUAACAAGCAUCAACACCUCAACUUUACAUCAACAUUUAUGUCCGGUUUUAGUAACGGCAACUUGCCACUUUUGUUAUAUUAAGGACUUUGACUUUAAAUCAUGUUGAGUAGGCAUUUGAAAAAAAAGAAAAUCAAAACAAAGUCGUAUUAAAUCCCAACUGAGUUAAGAUAUUGACAAGAUUUAUCAUUAUUAUAAUUACAGUAUUAUUAUUAUUAUUAUUAUUACUAUCAUUGCCAUAUUUAGUGUGGCAGGGAAGUGCCAGCCAGGAGAUAAGGGAACAGUGUAGAAAAGAAAGUGAAGAUAUUAAAAAGAACAUCCACUCAAAUACCAAACAAUACAAGAACAAAUAGGGAAUAAAUUAUCAAACUACAUUCAAGGUUUCUUAACCAAGCAUCUUGUAAACCAGGACCUUCCUAGGACAGAAGUAGCACUUGAAUUUGGGUUCUACAAACAAGUGUUUGUUUUGGCUCAGGUGACUAAAUGUAUGUACGUAGCUUAAGAUGUUUGAAAUUAUAAUUUACAUAGUCACAAUCUGAUCCAAUAUUGGAGUACUAUAUUUGAAAGUUGUUGUUUGAGUUCAUGGACAUCAGUAAAUUAUAUGAACAACUGUUUAAUUAUAUCUUAACUAUUUUAAUAUAAUGUACUUUACAGACAAUUAGUAAUUGAAGGUACAACAUCCAUAAUUACAUAUACCUCACAGUAAAAAUUAUUUUCUAGGCAUAGGGAAUCCAUUCUCUAGAUUUUAGGGUUGUAAUCAUCUGUAACUAAAAUUUAAAUAGACAUCUUUAAAACUAUCACUAAAGUCCAUGAUUAAAAGGAAGACAAAAUUAUUAAUUUCCCACAAUGAAGUCUAAAGACAAGAGUCACGAACUUAGAAUUUGAUAUUACUGUACAAAAUUGAUUUCUUUGUGUUACAUUGCACUUGAACUUUUUAUGAUGUAUAUUUUAUGUGUGACUACAUAUCAUGCGGGCUAGAGAAUGCUAUUCAAAUUGUUCUAUUGUGUGGAGUUUCCAGGAAGCACAAACUUUAAUAAUGCAACAACUUUGUAAGUGCAAGGUAUUUAUGUAUUAGGUAGUAUAGCCCUACCUCUUUGCUAUAAACACAUUUUGAUAUGAAACUAUGAGGUCAAGGUUCAUUGAGGCUGUGAGUGAUAGUAUUGAAACGUUACAUUUCAGUGAUUCCUCUUAAAAUCUCACUGGCAGAAGAUUUGCAAAUGUGGUCAUGAUUUGCAUAUUAAUGUUUGUGUUCUAUCACACGUGCAUUGGCACGGUAUUUUCUUGUCUUUGUUCCUUUUCACCGAGCUUAAUGAUGUGCAGCGAAGCAAUUUUGUGGUGUGUGGAAAAAUGUGUUCGUGUAUUGAAAUGUUAAGUACUGUGUCAUUGUAUGUAUAGCAGAGAAUUACCUAAAUGAUAUUGUAUAAUGUGCAGCAAGAUUUAUGUUGUGUUAUAAAGUGGAUAAUGAGGAGCGUCAAACAUGCUUUGUGCAACAUGUACAGCAGUUGGUUAAUGUUGAAUGAAGUAAACUAGCUUUAGCAA